AGACAAAGAGAAUGGUUUUCCUUCCUCUGUGUUUGAUUGUCUUUCUACAAACAUCCAUCAUAGAAGAGGUCUACUCAAGUCCUGCCAUAGGAUUUUCAGUGCAACUUUCAAGAGACACUCAUUUGGGACACGGACAAGCGAUCAGGUACGACAAAAUUAUUACUAAUUACGGUAACAGUUACAACAAAUGGACUGGACACUUUGUUGCUCCAAAGAAAGGAUUAUACUUGUUUUCCUGUUCCAUAAUGGCAUACAACGAUGAAACAAUUCAUAUUCAGAUGGUAAAGAAUGGUAUCAAAGUAUCCACGAUUUAUUCCAAUCCUUCUAGAUUUGAUCACAGCUCACAGACAGUUGUGUUGGUCCUACAAAAAGGAGAUAGCGUGUGGACAAGACAGGCAUAUUCAGGUAGACAUCUACAUAAAGUAGCGGUCUAUAAUAUGUUUUCUGGUGUCCUCAUUUCAGAAAACAUUUGAAAGAUGUUUACAAUCCAUUAUUAAAUAUCAAAAAGCAUGUUUCAAAGCUUAUACUAUCUAU